ACUUACUUACACUUUGAUUGUAACUUCGCGCGAAUUCGGUUACCUUCUGUAACCAAGGUUGUAUCCUGGCACGAUCUCGGUAUCCUUUCGAUGCCACGAGAUCGCCAGCAAAUAAACAUCGACUUGGUCCAUUAAUUGCCUUCUGGUAUUCGGCUUCUCGGGGAUUUUAUGGAGUCAUUUGGAGCGAGCUUCUUACGCCUUCCGAUUUAUCUGGCACGUGUUUCUUUGUAGCGGUGUUCAUAGUUAAUCUCGACUAGACGCCACGCUACAAUUGGUAACCCCAAUCAGACUACAAGGAUCUGCCUCGACUUCAAAGUUGGGCAGACGAUAACGGACUUACCUUUAACACUUCAAAGUGUAAAGUAGUCCAUCUGCGACAUGUCGCAAACUACAGUUACAACUUAGGAAACUCCUCUCUAGUAGUAUCCCAAGUCGAAAAAGAUUUAGGAGUCCUGAUGCCCUAUGAUUUGGAGUCUUACGCUAACUGUGACAAAAAUGCCUUCCGAGCAAACCUUGCACUGGUAACGUUGAAGCGCAUUUUUGGACAGUUUGACGAACGAACUUUCCAUACAAUCUUCAACAGUUUCAUCCGUCCCCAUUUAGAGUACGGAAACGUAGUACUCCUCCCUCACUCCAAAAGGACAAGGUCACUUUGGAGCGUAUCCAACGGCGAGCCACGAAAUCAGUUCGAGGACUCAAAUCUAAGCCUUACGAAGAACGCCUCUGUUCACUAGACCUUUACCCACUAGAAUAUAGGCGUCUUAGAGGUGAUUUAUUAAUGGCUUAUAGUAUUCUUAACACUUCUGGACAUCCUCUUAAACACCUACUUAAGCUUAGUUCGAAUAAUAACCUAAAGGGGAACACCCAGAAACUGGAUACACAACAUAGCAAGACGGAAUGUAGACACAACUUCUACUCCUUAAGAGUUGUCAAAAGCUGGAAUUCGCUGCCGGCCGAGCUAGUCCAAGCGACUUCUCAGGAGUCCUUCAAGAGGCAACUUGACCUAUUCUUAAGGACUAAGGAUAGUAUCACACUAUGAUUUACUAAUUUCUUUCCUCUUUUAUUGUUAACAUACCUAGGUUCCUGCCUGUAGGAUUUGAUGAUCCCCUGCUACUAGACACGGAAGUCUGUUGAGCGAGAGCUUCUUCUAUUCCGUCCACAACCAUUUGAACCAUUUGGUGUUAAGGGUUCUGGCGGGUCCUGUUACUUCUGCGCUACCUAGGUUUGCUUUGUACAUAAUGUACAUAAAGAAAGUCAUCAUACAAGGUUUUCGCAGCUAUAGAGAUCAAACAUGCCCAGAAGAGUUCAGCCCGCAUCAUAACAUAAUAGUUGGGCGCAAUGGUUCUGGAAAAUCGAAUUUCUUCCAGGCUAUACAAUUUGUUCUUUCAGAUGAAUACAGUCACCUGAGUAACCAAGAAAGACAAAACCUUCUUCACGAAGGCACAGGCCCACGCGUUAUUUCGGCUUACGUGGAAAUGAUAUUUGACAACUCUGAUAAUCGGAUUCCUUUCGAUAAAAAUGAAGUCUCUUUACGGAGAAUAAUUGGUAGCAAGAAGGAUCAGUAUUUUCUCGACAAGAAAAUGGUCACAAAAGCUGAUGUUAUGAAUAUGUUGGAAAGCGCUGGGUUUUCUCGUAGUAAUCCGUACUACAUCGUUAAACAAGGAAAGAUUACUCAGUUGGCUACUGCACCUGAUCACCAGAGACUGAAACUGUUGAGAGAGGUUGCGGGAACCAGAGUCUAUGAUGAACGGAAGGAGGAAAGCAAACAAAUAUUUAAAGAGUCAGAAGCCAAACGAGAACAGAUAUCUGAACUCUUAAACAGCAUCGAAGAUCGAUUACGAACCCUUGAAAACGAAACAAAAGAAUUAAAAGAAUAUCAACAUUGGGAUAGAGACAGACGUGCGUUGGAAUUUACCAUAUACGAUAGAGAGUUGAAAGAGACUCGAAAAAAAUUAGAAGAAAUACAAACUCGUCGAGAACAAAGCAGUGAAAGUACAGCUGAAAUUCGGCGAGCUGCCAAAGACUGUGCAGAUGCUAUAGAGAAACUAGAAAGGGAUCUAAGAGACAAUAGAUUGAAAGAAGCUCAGAUGCAAGAUGAAGUCGAGCAAGUCCAAGCAUCUGUAAGUGAUGUUCUUCAACGCCGUGAGCAACUUCAACUCACUAUAGCUGAUUAUUCAGCAACUCUUCGAGGUGGUAAAUCUGCGCGUGAGCGAGCUUCUGAAGAAUUAAAUCGUGUUAGAGAACAAAUAAACCAAGUUGAACAUCGGCUAGCUGAAUUACGACCUCAGUAUAAAAAGGCUAAGCAGUUUGAAGAUGAAUUAGCGAACGCACUUAGUGAUGCUGAACAUCGUAGAAAGGAAUUAUUCGCUAAACAAGGAAGAGUCAAUCAAUUUCAAUCUCGUAGUCAACGUGAUGAAUGGAUUAAAGAUCAAAUGAAAAGUUUAUCAAAGGCUAUAAAAGAUAAAGAAAAUACUAUAAAUAAAUUAACAGAAGAAAUUAAACGUGAUGAUGAAAGACGAGAAAAACUACAACAAGAUUUAGAAGUGGCUGAAGAAAAUAUGACAUGUGUUCGAAAAGAAUUAGAAACGGUAUCUGAGGAACAACGUAGACUUCGUCGUGAAAAAGAUGAAAUUCAAACGGACAGACAAACUGUUUAUCGAGAAGAAACUAGAAUAGCUCACGAACUGAACAAUUUACGUGAUGAGUUGGCCCGUACUGAACAUAAUUUACGAUCGAUUACAGGCAAAGGAAUUUUGAAUGGUUUGGAUUCUGUUCGUAAAGUUGUUGAGAUAUUUCGUGAUCGUUAUGGCCCAGAUUGUGAUAUUGUACAAGGUUAUCAUGGAACAUUGAUAGAAUUAAUUGAUUGUCCAGAAACAUUUUAUACUAGUGUAGAAGUUACAGCUGGUUCACGUCUAUUUUAUCAUGUUGUACAGAAUGAUAAAUUGGUUAUUCGUAUGAUUGCAGAAAUUAAUAAACAUAAUCUUCCUGGUGAAGUUAAUUUUCUUCCAAUUAAUCGCUUAUGUGUACAAGAAUCUUCAUAUCCAGAGACAAAUGAUGCAAUUCCAAUGAUUUCUCGUUUAAAUUUCGAUGAGAAAUUUCGUGGUGUAAUGUUGCAUAUUUUUGGAAAAACAUUAAUUUGUCGUAGUAUUGAAAUUGCAACUCAAUUGGCUCGAACAAAAAAUUUCGAUUGUAUUACACUUGACGGUGAUCAAGUAUCACGUAAAGGUACACUUACCGGAGGAUAUUACGACAGUCGAUUAUCACGUUUAGAAUUACAGAAACGUAAACAAAAAACUGAAAUUGAAAUUCAAGAGACAGAAAAUGUUCGUGAGAAUAAUGCUAAACGUAAAGAACAAGUUGAUGCACAAAUUAACCGUAUCAUUGACGAUGUACAACGUAAGGAUACAGUAAGAUCAAAACAUGAAAUGACAUUUGAUAAGUUGAAAAAAGAUAUUCAUAUGUGGAAAGAAGAAUUACGUGGCAAACAAGAAACUAAACCACAGAAAGAGUACAAAUUAUCAUCUUUACGUCACGACCUGGAUCAGAUGAAGUACACAAUGGAAUCUUAUAAAGUUGAAUUAGGAACUGAUUUAUUAAGCCAGUUGUCAGUUCAGGAGCAACGUGAAGUUGAUCGUUUAAAUGAUAAAAUUCAAGAAUUAACCAGAGAAGCUAAAGAUGCUUAUAAGAAGAGAAUUACAUUAGAAACCGAAAAGAAUGAAAAAGAAACUCAACUAGAACAUAAUUUAUUAAGAAAACAAGAACAAUUAGAAUCUGAGGUAGCUGAAGCUUCGGAACAAGAUUUACAAGACCGUUUAACUGAAUCAGAAGAAGAAUUGCGCGAGGUUGAACGCCUUAUUGAAGGUGCUCAGCGUACAGUAGAUGAAGUGGAAACACGUUUAUCUGCUCUGUUACAUGAACAACGUCAACUGGAAUCAGAAAUGGAGCGUAAAAAACAAGAAGAAAAAGAAUACGCUGAACGUAUACAAGAUGAUCAACAGAAUUUAGAAAAAAUGCAGUCAAAACAAAGUCAAUUGUUAAAAAAGAAAGAAGAAAAUAUGAAAAAAAUUCGCGAUUUAGGUUCUUUGCCAGCAAAUACAUUUGAUAAAUUUCAAGAUAAAAAUAUGAAACAAUCGACUGGAUUAUGAAGACCUCGACAUCUGAGGGAAAACACGGAAUACAAUGGACAGCUCAGAAUCAAUUAGACGAUUUGGACUUCGCAGAUUACCUACUCCUCUAUCGCAUACACACGAACAAAUACAGAUAAAGACGGACAGUGUAGCAGCAGUCUCUGCAUCAGUAGGCCUCAACAUACACAAGGGGAAAACCAAGGUCCUCAAAUACAACACGGAGAACACCAAUCCAAUCACUCUUGAUGGCGAAACUCUGGAAGAUGUAGAAUCCUUCACAUAACUAGGAAGCAUCAUCGAUGAAUAAGGAAGUUCAGACGCAGACGUAAAGGCGAGGAUUGGCAAAGCAAAAGGCCACAUUCCUUCAAUUGAAGAACAUAUGGAACUCAAAACAACUUUCAACCCAUAUCAAAGUGAGAAUCUUCAAUACGAACGUCAAGGCAGUUCUACUGUACAGACCUGAAACUUGGAGAACUACAACAACCACCAUUAAGAAGGUACAAGUACUUAUAAAUAGCUGUCUACGCAAGAUACUCAACAUCGAUUGGCCGGAUACCAUCAGCAACAGCCUUUUGUGGGAGAGAACGAGCCACCUUCUAGCUGAAGAGGAAAUUAUGAAAAGACGAUGGAAAUGGAUAGGACAUACAUUACGGAAAUCACCAAACUGCAUCACGAGGCAAUCCUUGACCUAAAAUCGUGAGAGGAAGCGGAAAAGCGAAAUGUUGAAGAACACGCUACGUCGGGAAUCGGAAGCAGAUAUGAAAUGGAUGGAUAGCAACUGGAAAGAGCUGGAAAGGAUUGCCCAGGAUAGGGUUGAAUGGAGAAUGCUGGUGAGCGACCUAUGCUCCUUCACGAGGAGUAACAGGCGUAGGUAAGUAAGUAUUUAUUCUUUGAAGAAGUGGCCCACACUAAGUCACGAAACGUCAGAAAAUCUGAUUUUUCUACUAGUUGGGAUAUUAAAACUAUAUUAUUUAUUUAUAAAUUCUUGUGUUUAGAUUGAAGGCACACUCCAAGUAUGAAGUCUAGUGAUAAUACCCAACUGCUGAAUCCAAAGUAGGUGGGUUUGGGUUCGAAACUGCUAUAUAGUGGCUGAAAAUCGAACACCUUAAGUACUGCGCCGCUGCUUCAAUACAACUAUAUACACUUGUGUUUGAGAGUUAUUGAGAAUACUUGGUUGGCUUUUAAGUCUUAUGAAUCUCAUGAAUGAAUUUGUUUGAACUGCUUAUUCUAUAUCGGAGAUAUUAAUAAUAUUUUAUUUUCUCACAUUUUUUGAUUCCCUAUGUAUGUGGAGUACCAAAAAGCUUUAUAAAAACGUUUAUAUAUGUAAAGUGAUUAGUAUUUAGGCGAUAAAAUGGAGUUUCAUUUUUUGAGCUGGGUAGUUUAAUUGUGAAGCUUUCAUUGUUCUUCUGAACGGCAUAAACACAAACUUUAGGCAGAUCUGUGAGCCAUUCAAAUUUCUUCGCAUAUGACUGAUAGCUUGUCUUAUCAACCAUCCAGCUCAAAGAACAAAACCUCGGCAAAGAGAGUUUUCAGACCAAAAUGUUCUAAAAGAGAUUACUAACAUAAUUUUCCUUACUUCAUAUAUUCGUACUGCUUAGACUGUUUAAACUUCACAAAAUUUUCGAAUGUAAAGAAAACAAGUAUUUACUUCACUUUGAUUUAAUUUCAUUGAAACAGUACUUCAAAUUUCUAGUUCUAAUGCAAAGUUUUGAUCAAUGAAAUCCAGUCAUAUCGAUUGUGAGCCAAUUGCCCACCAAUGGCAUUGGAAAAAUGCAAACUACUGGAUGCCGACCCGAUGGUUCAAAUGUUAGAUACUUUCUGCGAGACCGAAACUUCAAGAUUUUAGGUUCGGUUCGCAGUGAGAUAUUGUAUAUGACGUUGAAUAAUCAGUAAACUGAAUUGUGAAAAUUCAAGAAUUCGC